ACAAAGAGGUGAAACAAACUGACGAACUCUCUUCUGAUUGUAUCCCACUUUUUUGCUGCGGAGGGGGUUUCUUAAUCUAGAAGCAGGCUUUUGUGCCCUGGUGAAAAGCACCUGCUGAAAGGGUUGGGGUCCUUGUUCUGCCCACUAGCAAGCCUUUGAUGAGGAUCUCUGUCUCCCACUGCCACUUAAAAUUCUCUGUGUACACAGAGUGGGCACGUAAGGUGAAACUCUGUGUUGCAUGCCAAACUGAAGCCAAAGACAGCAGAUAGGACUACUUGUAGUCCACAGACACGUUCUGAAGCCCCACGUCACACAUUGUUUUAUUUUUAUUUUAAUUUAAGCCAAUUUUUUAAAAACCAUAAGAUUCCUACAAACUGGAUUUGUGCCAUUUCUUAAAACUCUAAAAAUCUGGUGUUGCUGGGCCCACAUUUCUGUAAGACAGUAAUCUGCAGUCUCUGAAUAGUGUCUGCCCCUAAUAUGAAGGACACCUGAUCUGUGCCAGGCCCUGGGUUAGCUGGGAAUGCAGAAGUGAAUCAGAUGUGGUCCCUGCCCACAAAGGGCUCAUGGUCCAGAGAACACGUAUACAGUAAUUGAGUUAGGCUGGAAGAGCCAGGAUUCCUGAGUUCAGGUUUGAAGGCCACUCUGGUUCCAUCCUGUCCCCUUUGCUCAUUUGCAUAAUUUGUUCACAUUUAAAUGCAGAACCUUAAGCUGGCCUAUUUGGGAUCCCAAAAGCCCUUCCAGUUGUUUGAGGUCACUAAACUGCAUUGAUCUGUUUACUUAAACAAUCCAAAUCCUCAUUUACUAAAUAAGACUAAAACAGUUACUACCUUAUUAACAAAGUAAAAAAAAAAAAAAAGAAAGAAAAACAACUCACAAAGCAGCUGAAUAAGGCAGUAGUGAGAAAUAGUGUUUAGUAUUCCAGACUUGGGGUGAACUCCCAAGCUCAGUCUCUAACUUUGUGACUCUGGGCAUGUUUUUUCCUCUUCUGAGCCUCAUCAGCAAUGUCAUGAGAGAAUGUGGAGCAACCCACGUAGCACCAAGUACAUCGAGGCUCCUGAGGCAAGAGCAGGAGUCGGAGAUAGUUGGAACUGUGCCAGAUGGCCAUCCAAAGCCUGAGUGUUCUCACCUGCCAGUUCUGCUGUCUGUCUUUUGGCCUCUCUUGGACCGCUCAGCCUGCAGUCCAGGUUCCCCCCACCUCCACCCAGUCUGUGCAGACUUGCUGCCUGCUAUGUCAUCGGGAACGCAAAGGCUGGGAAGAAGGCCCUUCCCAAAAUGGACUGGUGUUGCAGGGUGAGAAGCUGCCCCCUGACUUCAUGCCAAAGCUUGUCAAGAAUCUCCUAGGCGAGAUGCCUCUGUGGGUCUGCCAGAGUUGCCGAAAGAGCAUGGAGGAAGAUGAAAGGCAGACAGGUCGAGAGCAUGCAGUGGCGAUCUCCUUGUCACACACAUCCUGCAAAUCACAGUCUUGUGGGGGUGACUCUCAUUCCUCUUCGUCCUCCUCUUCAUCGUCCUCGUCCUCCUCCUCCUGCCAUGGGAACUCAGGGGACUGGGAUCCCAGCUCCUUCCUGUCAGCACAUAAGCUCUCGGGCCUCUGGAACUCUCCGCACUCCAGUGGGGCCGUGCCGGGUAGCUCACUCGGGAGUCCUUCUACCAUCCCUGGUGAGGUCUUCUCUAUCUCGGAGCACCACCGGCACUCAGACCUCACUGCUCCACCUAACAGCCCCACCGGCCACCACCCCCAGCCAGCAUCGCUGAUCCCGAAUCACCCCGGAUCCUUCGGCUCACCACCCCACCCACACCUGCUGCCUGCCACCCCGGCAGCGCCUUUCCCUGCCCAGGCUUCAGAAUGCCCUGUUGCCGCUGCUGCCGCCCCCCACACCCCAGGGGUAUGUCAGACCCCCCACCUGCCCUCCACCAGCAUGCCGCUCCUGAAGAUGCCUCCACCAUUCUCGGGGUGCAGCCACCCCUGUAGCGGGCACUGCAGCGGGCACUGCAGCGGGCCUCUCCUCCCACCUCCCAGCUCUCAGCAGCUCCCUAGCACUCACAGCAGGGACCCUGGGUGCAAGGGACACAAGUUUACACACAGUGGUCUGGCCUGCCAGCUGCCCCAGCCCUGCGAAGCAGAUGAGGGCCUGGGUGAGGAAGAGGACAGCAGCUCAGAGCGCAGCUCCUGCACCUCAUCCUCCACUCACCAGAGAGAUGGAAAGUUCUGUGACUGCUGCUACUGUGAGUUCUUCGGCCACAAUGCGCCACCCGCUGCCCCGACGAGUCGGAAUUAUACAGAGAUCCGAGAGAAGCUCCGCUCGAGGCUGACCAGGCGGAAAGAGGAGCUGCCCGUGAAGGGGGGCGCCCUGGGCGGGAUCCCUGGGGAGCCCGCCGUGGACCACCGAGAUGUGGAUGAGCUGCUGGAAUUCAUCAACAGCACGGAGCCCAAAGCCCCCAACAGCGCCAGGGCCGCCAAGCGGGCCCGGCACAAGCUGAAAAAGAAGGAAAAGGAAAAGGCCCACUUGGCAGCAGAAGCUCUAAAGCAGGUGAAUCGUAGUGUUUCCGGAAGCCAGGAGCCAAGGCCUGCCAGGGAGAGGCUCUUGGAGUGGCCCGACCGGGAGCUGGAUCGGGUCAACAGCUUCCUGAGCAGCCGUCUACAAGAGAUCAAGAACACUGUCAAGGACUCUAUCCGUGCCAGCUUCAGUGUGUGUGAGCUCAAUAUGGACAGCAAUGGAUUCUCUAAGGAGGGGGCUGCUGAGCCAGAGCCCCAGAGCCUAUCCCCCUCAAACCUCAAUGGCUCCUCAGAGCAACGGCCUGAUAUUAAUCUUGACCUAUCCCCUUUGACUUUGGGGUCCUCUCAGAACCACACGUUACGAGUUCCAGGUGAGCCGGCCCCACCAUGGACAGAAAUGAGAGGCUCUCACCCACCAUGGACAGAGGUGAGGGGACCCCCUCCCGGUAUCAUCCCUGAGAAUGGGCUAGUGAGGAGACUCAACGCUGUGCCCAACCUUUCCCGGGUAAUCUGGGUCAAGACACCCAAGCCAGGCAACCCUAGCCCUGAGGAGCCAAGCCCAAAGGAGGUUCCCAGUUACAAGCAGGAGCUGCCUGAGCCUGUGGCCUCAAGUGGGAAGCCUCGGAAGGGCAAGAGACAGGGCAGUCAGGCCAAGAAGAAUGAGGCAAGCCCAGCCCCCCGGUCCCCAGCCAGCCUAGAGGCUGCCAGUGCCAAGGGCCAGACCCCCAGCUCCAAGCAGCCAGGCAAGGCCCCGGAGCCUCCCAAAGUGGGCAGCUUUGCCGAGGCUGGAGAGGGGAGCCGGGGAAGCCAACCGGGACCAGGCUGGGCUGGCAGCCCCAAAGCCGACGAGAAGGGCAGCUCCUGGCGAAACUGGCCAGGUGAGGCCAAAGCACGGCCUCUGGAGCAGGAGUCUGUGCAGCCCCCAGGCCUAGCAAGGCCACAGAGCUUGCCACAGGGCAAGGGCCGCAGCCGCCGGAGCCGCAACAAGCAGGAGAAGACGGCCGCCUCCUUGGACGAUGUGUUCCUGCCCAAGGACAUGGAUGGGGUGGAGAUGGAUGAGACUGACCGGGAGGUGGAGUACUUCAAGAGGUUCUGUUUGGAUUCUGCAAAGCAAACUCGUCAGAAAGUUGCUGUGAACUGGACCAACUUCAGCCUCAAGAAAACCACUCCCAGCACAGCUCAGUGAGCCCCCUGCCGGGUCGAGCUGCUUCAGGGUGUCCUGAGACCCCCAACUGCCAGCUGAAGGUCUACGGUUUCUUCCUCCACAUCCCUACACCUGCCCAAGAUCCUCCCUGCUCCUCACGUCCUGGACCAACCAAAAGUUGAAUGGAUGCUGUGCCGUGCUGGGGCCCCUCAAGACCUCCGCAGAGCCGCUUCCUGGUGCUACGCAGCCCCCUCACUCAGAGCCUGGGGGCUGGACUGGCCUGUGGGCCGGGGGCUGAUGGUACUGCUGGCCCAACACUGCUCUCUUUGUGUUUGGUUUUGUUUUUGUUCUUGUUUUUCAAUUCUUUACUUUUGAUACUGUGAAGAUCUUUCCUGCCGAAAGAUAAAGCAACAUUUGGACACAGUCAGUGUGUUGUGGUUUGCUGGUCUGGGACGGGGUGAGGUGAGGAAUGUACUCAGAAGCAUGGGAUCUGCCUUGGUCAUUAGCCUCACUGAGCAUGUACUAUGUGGCAGCAGUUUGGCAGUUUCCACUUCUCACAACAGUUCUAAGUGGGACUGUUACCCCAUUUUACAGAUGAGGAAAUUAAAGCCAAGACAGGAAAGUGACUUUAGUACACUCGGUCUGGCUGAGAAGUUAGAGCCGAGGCCUGUAUAACAGCAGCAUCUGUGCACUUUCUCCUGGUGGGAGGACGCUGGUGUGUGACCUGGAACAGCCCCUUCCCCAUGCCCUGUUUCCCCCUCUGCAAGAUGGUGGAGUGAGACUCUGUGUCCGGGCAGCUGCUGUGAGAGGUGGUCUGGGAAAAGCCUCAAAGCCUUUUUUGUAGCCUGGAUUAUUGACGUGGUCAAGGGAAGUGGAGUAAAUGGAGUUUCUGUAAAUUGGAUCGGACUUUUCAGUGGGAAUGACACAUACAGCCUAAGUACCUGAGAGUUGAGGAUAAUGAACCCUUCUGUAAAGUAAAGCAAACUACCUCAUUCUGACCUGCCACCUCCUAUAGAUCUGGUUUGAAAAUUCAGAUUUUAAUAUAAUAGGUUGGCUU